CAUUGCGAGUGGACGUGUUAAAACGGUGCGGAAGCAAAACGAUUGUCAAAUAAAACAGAAAACAUAGCAAACGUCGAGUUAUUUGAGUGUGUGUUUGUGUGAGUGCAACUGUGAGUGUUUCGCGAAUAAUUCGCCUGCAGCACCCGUUUCGUCCAAGUCUUUGGAAGCUGGUGCCUGCCUUUUACUCCGCGCGCGGUGCUUGUUUUCAUUUUAGUGAUGUUGUUGCUUUUUGAUUAAAGGCCUCCCAACAACAACAACAGAAAAAAAAGAAAAGAAAAAGGAAAGCAAAACCAAACAAAACAAAGCCGUAACAACAACCACAACAAAAACAACAACAACCAAGAAGUGUCUGUGUGCCAAGUGCUAGCUUUGAAUUGUUGUUGGUUGCGGCACUUUUUGGGAAAUUAAAUUAUGUUAAGUGCAUAAAUCGUUCGACGCAGCAGAAGCAUCAGCAGUCACAACAACAGGAGCAGCAGCAGAAGUGAAACGCUAAGGUGCAAUCACAAAUGAAAAAAUCUGAAGAACUAAAUAAGUUGCAAUGUGAAGAGCGCUUGUGGGACAAGUGAAAACUGAAAACUGCGCGGCAGCCCAAGUAAAGUAAGAACGUGAAGAGGAAAACUCGCUCAGCGCUGUCAGAAAACUUGUCGAGGAGCCCAGGAAGCACCGAACCCAGAGACCAGAAGCAGCUGCUGUGACGAUUGACAAGACAAAAACAAAAGCCACGACGGCAAGAGUUUGACAAGUGGCACAAGUGGCAGCAGCGCCCGAAAGCACGCAGCUAGUUUUUCAACUCAACUAAGACUUUUUGUGUAUGCUUGCUGCCCCAAGCCGAAAACGUCCGCCCACACCCAGCCACACCCAGCCACGGAGCAGUCACCGCAGUCCAUGGCCGCGUAGCUUUUGUAUGCGGCUCGCAUGCCGUGGCAGCAACAGCGUGAAUCGCAAGUGCAACAACAAUAGCAGCAUUACAGGCGCUAUGUGCUGGCCAAAUACCGCAACGGAACGUCGGCAGCAAACGAAAUAGAGCAUCGGCAAGGACAUAGCCAAACACUCGAACAUUGGCCAAAAAGGAGCAGCUGGCUGUGCAGCACAUGUGUUUUUGUGAUGCGACAAGGACACUUCAAGUGCCGCCAACACACUUAAACGCAGCCCGAGCAGCAGCAUCCACAUCAACAGCAUCUCUGGCAUUAGUUUAAAACAGUCAACAGUCUUCAAGCGCAGCAUGCGCAAACACAAAGCGCCGCCCGGCGGCCACCCAAUCAGUUCCAGUUUCGUGGCAAGGACAAUGCCAACAGUGCACAACGAGACAAACGCAGCGGGCACGACACCAGCAACAACAACAACAACAGCAACAGCAGUCGAAAUGGAGCAGCAGCGCAUGUUGCUCGGCCAUGCGGCAGUUGACAGCGCCACGCCAGCAGCAGGAGCGGCAACAACAGCUGCUGCAACAAGCCCAACUAGUCGCCUUGCAGCGCCAUCGGCCACCUGCCAGCAACGAUCUGCAGCAGCAGCAACAGCAACAGCCAAAGCAGCGAGCAGCAAGGAACGGCCGCGAUAUACAGUUAAGCUCAUGUCCUUGCUGCACAUCGCCUGCUAUGUGCUGUGCCUGUGCGCCUUCAGUUUCGCACUCUACGCGAAUGUGCGACAGACCCGACUCGAGCAGCGACUGCAGCGCCUGCAGCAGCUGGACGCGCGCAUCGUCGAGCUGGAGCUGCGUCUGGAGCAGCAGCAGCUGCUGCACUGGCCCGACGAGCAGGCCAAGAUCCUGGCCAGCCCCAUCAUCAGCAGCAGCAGCAACAGCAGCAGCGAAAACGGCACAUCCUCACACCUGGCGCUACAUGUGCGUCGCGAGUUACAUCGCCUGCGUCGCGAUGUUUCCCACCUGCAACUGACGCGACGUCAGCAGCGCCGGCAAGCGGCCGAAGCGGCUGCCGCUGCAGCAGCAGCUGGAUUUGGAGGCAGCCCAGCAGCCAAUGGCGAGUGCCAGUGCCAACCAGGUCCACCAGGUCCGCCCGGUCCGCCCGGCAAGCGAGGGAAGCGCGGCAAGAAGGGCGACCCCGGCGACAAGGGCGACCCGGGCCUCAAUGGCAUCAGCGGCGAGAAGGGUGCUGCUGGUAACCCCGGCGACAAGGGCCAAAAGGGCGAUAACGGCCAUCCGGGCGUGGAUGUCUUCCAGACCGUCAAGGGCCUCAAGAGAUCGGUGACAACGCUGCAUGGCGGCACACUGGGCUAUGCGGAAAUUGUAGCUGUUAAGGACUUGCAAGAAGCGGGCGUUAACGUAUCCGCUUCAACGGUCAUACAGCUAAAGGGUGAACCUGGCGAGCCCGGCCCGCCUGGACCCCCAGGCGAACCUGGCAAUCCAGGCGUACCAGGCGAGCGUGGACCACCUGGCGAAACUGGACCGCAGGGAGUUCAGGGCGAGACCGGUCAGGCAGGACCGAUUGGACCGCCCGGCGUGCCGGGCGCACCUGGCACAAAGGGUGACAAGGGCGAUCGCGGUGAUCGCGGACUCACCACAACCAUCAAGGGUGACGAGUUCCCAACGGGCAUCAUCGAGGGUCCGCCGGGACCGCCUGGACCACCUGGACCGCCCGGAGACCGCGGUGAGCGCGGCGAGGUGGGACCCAUUGGACCGGCCGGACCGCCUGGCGAGAAAGGACCACGCGGCAAGCGGGGCAAGCGGCUAUUUGGCCCUGGCGGCACCAAGCUGGAGGAGGAUUAUGACGACCCGCCCGUCACACUGUUGCGUGGCCCGCCCGGACCACCAGGCCUCUCUGGCAAGGACGGGCGAGACGGACGCGAUGGCAGCAAGGGUGAGCCAGGCGAACCCGGAGAACCGGGCUCAUUGGGUCCGCGUGGCCUGGAUGGCCUGCCUGGCGAGCCGGGCAUUGAAGGGCCACCUGGUCUGCCGGGCUAUCAAGGGCCGCCCGGUGAAAAGGGCGAUCGCGGCGAUAUUGGCCCACCUGGUCUAAUGGGACCUCCGGGCCUGCCAGGACCACCGGGCUAUCCCGGAGUCAAGGGCGACAAGGGCGACCGCGGCGAUUCGUACCGUAAGAUGCGACGCCGGCAGGAUGACGGCAUGGCUGAUGCACCGCACAUGCCCGCCAUUGAAUAUCUUUACGGACCACCCGGACCACCUGGUCCAAUGGGUCCACCUGGACACACUGGUGCACAAGGCGAUCGCGGCUUGGAUGGACGUAAGGGUGAUCCUGGCGAAAAGGGACACAAGGGCGAUCAGGGACCCAUGGGCUUGCCGGGUCCAAUGGGCAUGCGUGGCGAGUCGGGUCCCUCUGGUCCGGCUGGCAAAGCUGGCAUUCCGGGUCCGCCUGGUUUGGAUGGCAUGAAGGGUGCACAGGGCGAAACGGGACACAAGGGCGAGCGCGGCGAUCCGGGUCUGCCGGGCACCGACGGCAUUCCCGGCCAGGAGGGUCCGCGCGGCGAGCAGGGCUCACGCGGCGAUGCUGGUCCGCCAGGUAAACGGGGACGCAAAGGAGAUCGCGGCGACAAGGGCGAACAGGGCGUGCCCGGACUGGACGCGCCCUGUCCGCUGGGCGUUGACGGGCUGCCGCUGCCGGGCUGCGGCUGGCGGCCUCCAAAGGAGAACUGGCAGACGUGGCUCAAGGACGAGCUGAACGCGCUGCAGCAUACGAAAACAAAAAACUAAUAUCCUCAGCUGCGAACGCGUUCGCCCACCCGCAGCCCCAGCUCCAGCUCCAGCAGCAACGCUCGUGGAUGUGUUGGCUCUGCAAUAUCCAGACGAAUCUUAGCGCUUUGGUUUUAAUUUUAGUAAUUUGUUAUUGUUAAUGUAGAAAUCGAACAAAUCUAUGCAAUACCUACCAUAGAACACACAUACUAUCACUCUACACACACACACACACACAUAGAUACAAACGUACACACAUAUGUGCCAAAAUCCUUGUGAACAGCAACAGUUGCUCAUGCACUGAGUCUAGCUACUCCAGCUGAACGCAUUUCACAAAUAUUACAUUUAUUUAUAGUCUUAACUUACCUGCAUACCUACAUGCAUACGUAUAAACAUAAAUACAUAUAAAUAUUUAAAUUGUAACGUUGUAUCUACUACUACUACUACUACUACUACACUAUAUUACUGCUAUUUCUACUACUUUUUCUAUUACUCUAAGCAGCGAAACAUAAAAUAAAUAGUAAUGG